GAAAACUGUGCUUUCUUUAGUGGUUUUCUCUCUUUAGUCGUUUUUUGAUGAGAGUUCUGUGUGUGUGUGUGUGUGUGUGUGUGUGUGUGUGUGUGUGUGUGUGUGUAAGAGUUUCUCGGCGUGUCACGCGGUGCAGUAGACGCCGGUAUGGCGGCUGCCCCCCGCUCAGGGAACGCCGCCUCUCUCCCUCCGUAACGGGUGUAGGUGUGUACCGGAGCCCGGUGUCGCGGUGGAGGAGCUGCUGGAGGUUGUAGGAGACCAGGUGGGGUUCGGCAGCAGUCUGUCGGCCUCGCGCAUGAAUAAGGCGAUUGUUGUUUUUCUAAAAAGUGAAUCGCUGGUUAAUCAGUUGGCUGUGAACGGAAUAUGGGUAAGAGGAGGUCAUGUGACUGUGACCCCUCUGUCCGCCCCAGCCACCAGAAUCACCGUCUCUAAUGUUCCGCCUUUUUGUCCCUAACGACGCCAUCACUAAGGAAUUAAAGCGCUUCAGAAAGAUCGCAAGCCCAGUUAAAAAACACUGCGCUUAAACAUGUCCUGUCUUUUAGACGGCAGGUCUACACUCACCAGCGCGCACACUAGAAGUAUCCUUCCUAUUAAUUCAUGUAGGAAUAAUUCCUACAUGAAAUCUCCGGUGUUUUGAAUGCGGUGAUUUAAGGCCAUAAACGCUUUUCGAGACAUGAAUAUUGACCCUCGCACGUCUGUCUCUAACGUUAAUAUAAAUAAGACUGACCAUAAUACUGAGGACAAAGAAGGAGAAGCUUCUAUGCAGGUAAAUGGAACCAAUGAAGAUAAAGAAGGAAGGAGUACUGUGCAGGUGAAUGAGGAGGUGAAGGGACAGGAGGAGGUGUAUGGAUAUGUUUGUCUUAUUAAUCGAGUAGAAGGUAACCGCAGAGAGGUGUUGGUGGACCAGUGGCCGGAUUUCCGUGUGGUGCUUGUAAAACCAGGACAGCAGGAGGUAUUACACAAGAAAGCAGACACUUUAAAAUAUGUAAGCAUUUUUACCAAAGACGAAUCACGUCUCAGGAACAUACUAACCGGGACAGACGUUCAUGACUGGAAACAGAACUUCACUUUAAGUGUUGAACUGCAGCAUGAGCCAAUCAUAAAGGCUGUAGCAGCGAACAAAGGUGUACCUAAUACCAAAACAUAUUUCUGCCACUUAAUGAGAUUGCAGGAUCCAUCUAAGCUUACAGCUGAGAGAUUAUCAUUUCAGGCGUCAUCAGUCAAGGAGUCUCAUGCUGCUCUGAUUAACAGCAAAUGGAAGGUGGGCAUGAGUGAACUCACUGAGCCCCUGAUCAGGGGCAUGAUCAGGAAUUUCCCUUCAUGUUGCGUGUUGGACUCAGAGGGUCGGCCUGUGUCAUGUCUCUUGACUUAUCCUUCCUGUACAAUGGGUGUAAUGUACACACUGCCAGAGUACAGACAGAAAGGCUAUGCCAAAGCCCUGUCCACCAUAUUAGCAAAGAAACUGCAUUCAGAGGGCUACCCUGUCUACUGCUUCUUUGAGGAGGGGAACCAAGCAUCCUACAGGCUCUUAACCAGUUAAGGCUUCACUAAGGAUCUGUCUUAUGCUUGUAUUUAUUUUAAUUGUCUGACUCCAUAAGUACUACAGGACAAGGAACUUGGCUGUCAUGAUUGCAUGAUUGAAGGUGGUGUUAAAUGUUAGCACAGAUCCAAUAUCUCAUCCAUUUGACUUAUAAAUGACUGGUUGGCUGUCUAGUUCCCCUUUAUCAUAUCAGUAUGUAUCUCCAUGUAGUCUUGUGGUGUUUUUUUAUGUAAUUGUUUAUUGAAUUUUCUUGGUUUUCUUUGGGAAUUAUUCUGUUGAAGUACUAUUUUGUUUGUUUUUGCAUUAUGUAAAAUAAUAAAACCAUGACAAACCUAUAUUACGUUGCAAAUGUGUGGCCUGUAAGCUAACCAGGCAAAUUAAAUGAUCCCCCUGCAGCUCACUUAACUUGAUGUGAUAUUUUUUUGUGGACAAGGACAUGCAAUCUAUAUAUAUAGCGGAAACGUUAUACAUACCAAAUAAUAUCUAUCACUUAAACAAAUUCAUCACUAAACUCAGCCUUACAGAUUAUCCAGAAAAAAGUGUUUUUGCUGUUCCAGUAGAUUAGCAAACUAAAUUCACACCAAACAUCCAUCCAAAUCAUGAUAUCUCUAUCAAAGGUAUACAUUUCCCUCUUUCUCAUGGUAGUGAAGCUGGGAUUUGGAGCACAACCUCCUUCUUGCUGCCUUAUUGCAGUUUUCUUGCUAGUUGAUCUCACUUUUCACACCAGUCAGAUGAUGCUAUUGAUGUAGGAUCUGCAUCAACCAAUUCCUGUGUCCUAUGACUACACCAGACAAGACACACACAAACACACAGCAAUACUGAAAACUGAAGGUGUGGUAAAGUUAUGUAAUGCUGCAGAUCAGCUCUUGUAUUGUAACUCGUUGUAUCUUCUCUAAUGUUCUGGAGAUUCUGGAAGUAAAUAAUUCAUUCAACUUAAUCAGCUCAAAGAUAGCCAGUAGCUGAUUAGUUUUAGCCUGUAAAAGCUCUCAACCCCUACAGAUGUAGUCUUCACAGUCCCACUCUGUGCCUUCCCAGUGCUGUUAUAGUAAAAUAAUACACUUUAGGUUAAUAACAGUCACUACACUCCAUGUUAGACCAUCACACCACAUCUUCAUGGAUCUUUUCCUUUUAACACCACACCACCAUGUGUUUUCUCCCCCUUAUCUAUACACAAAAAGACAUCAUAUGUAUUUAUGAUUAUGCUUAAAACCUGUCAUUUUAACUGGUUUGUAGACUUAUUAUAUCCACUGUUAAUCCUACAAACAUUCACAACCAACUCGUUCUAGAAAUAAAGGAAAAACACCACCUAGUGACAGAGGCGUGAAAUAACGAAUGUGCCGAUAUGAAACUGCAGAUAAUAACAACAGCAUGUUUAUUCUUUGAAAUCUCAAACGCUUUGUCUUGAAAGAACGAGUUAAACCUUAAACUCAGUGUUUUAUUGUUUGUGAAUGAAGGAGCUGUGAAAAGCCAUGAAGCUGUUGAACAAGGAGGAGCUGAAGAAAGCAGAGGAAGAGCUCAG